AUGAGCGCGAGCGGCCCGGCGGCCACCGGGGACGGCCCCGCGCUGCCGCCGCCGCCGCCCGGGCCCGCUCCGGGCCCCGCACCGCCCGCGCCCGCCGCCGCCGCCGCCCGGGACGCCAUGGACGGGCGCGCUGAGCCGCCCGCCUUCCCGCGGGCCGGAGCCCCGCCGCUCGCCGCCAGCGACACGGUGCCCGCGGCGCCCGAGGGGGCUGGGCCGGCCCGGCCCGGCCCGCCGCCGCGCCCCACCUCCUUCUCGGUGCUGGACAUCCUGGACCCCAACAAGUUCAACAGCAGAAGACGCCGCUGUGUGCUGCUGGGCCCCGUGGCGCCCGCGGCGUGCGCCCCGUGCGCCCCGGCCCCCGCCGCCCCGGGACGCCCGCCGCGCUCAGAGGAGCUGGAGCGCCGCGCCCUCGCCGCCGCCGGCGGAGCCGGAGCCGGUACCGGAGCUGAGCCGCCGCACGCCGGCGACCCCUGCAAGGCGGACGAGGCCGAGGCCAACGGCUACAGCAGCGGCGGUGGCCGCAGCCCGAGCGCGGACAGCGGGGACGAGGCGCCCGACGACGAGGACGAGGACGAGGCGCCCGAGGCAGGGGCGGCUCGCGGCGCGGAGGCGCGGGGAGGCGGUAGCGGCCUCGGUGCCCGCGGGUCGGGCUGCCGGAGCGAGGCCGAGGCGCCCCCAGGCGCUGUCGAUGAGGCCGCUGCCCCCGGCCCCCGUGGGAACUCGCCCGGAGCCCCGGGCCCGCCGGGAGCCUCGGCGGCCCCCGGGGACGCGGGGACGACCCCGCAGGGCGCGGCGACGGCGACAAAGCCCAAGCGGAAGCGCACGGGCUCCGACUCCAAGUCCGGGAAGCCGCGGCGCGCGCGCACCGCCUUCACCUACGAGCAGCUCGUGGCGCUGGAGAACAAGUUCAAGGCGACGCGCUACCUGUCGGUGUGCGAGCGCCUCAACCUGGCGCUGUCGCUGAGCCUCACCGAGACGCAGGUGAAGAUCUGGUUCCAGAACCGCCGCACCAAGUGGAAGAAGCAGAACCCGGGCGCCGAUACCAGCGCGCCGACCGGCGGCGGAGGGGCACCGGGGCCGGGCUCCGGGCCGGGCGCGGGGCUGCCCGGUGGCCUCAGUCCGCUCAGCCCGUCGCCGCCCAUGGGCGCACCGAUCGCCAUGCACGGUCCGGCCGGGUACCCGGCGCACGGCCCCGGAGGCCUGGUGUGCGCCGCGCAGCUGCCCUUCCUGUCGAGCCCGGCGGUGCUGUCGCCCUUCGUGCUGGGCUCGCAGACCUACGGUGCGCCCGCCUUCUACGCGCCGCACCUCUGA